AUGAUGGACAUAGACUUACCCCUGGAUCAGAACUUCAACCAACCGCCGCGAAGACCCGCAGAGGCCUGGGAUGAAGCUGCAGACGAGAACAAUGAAAGCAAAAAGAAAAAGACAAGCACAAUAAUAGUCGACAACCCAACCUUAGACCUGGAAAGUUACAGUGCGAACUACGUAGGGCAUACACGAGUUGAACGCCUUAUCUUCAUUGCGGAGCACUCCCCACCACUUGCCAUUGACGCUUAUAAAAUUGCUUUGAACGACUUAAAAAACACAAUGGAUUAUACGCGUUACACUGUGGUGCACCAGAAGUUGAACGACCUACUUCUGGGACGAGGUCUGCCAACCAUCCCUUUGGACCAAACAUGGGUCGACAACACAAAGAAAGCACAGCGAGCGAAAACGGAAAAGCUGGAACGAGAGUUGAAAGAUUACAAGAGCAAUUUGAUUAAGGAGAGCAUCAGGAUGGGACACAACGAUCUAGGCGAUCAUCUUUACGAUAGUGGUGACUUAUCGGGGGCUUUGAAAUCAUAUUCACGAACGAGAGAUUACUGCACAACGUCAAAGCACAUUGUAGAUAUGUGCAUCAACGUAGCAAGACUCAGCAUGGAAUUGAAUAACUUUGCUCAUGUCCAAAGCUACGUCGUAAAGGCGGAAACAACGCCCGAUAUACCAGAAAAGAACAUAGUAACCAGCAAACUCAACUGUAUCAUGGGGUUGGUGAAUUUGGAGGCUGGAAAGUUCAAGCGAGCGGCGCGAAAUUUCCUUGAUACUAGCUUUGAACUGAAUACGCACUUCUCUGAGGUUCUUUCUCCCAACGACGUGGCAAUUUAUGGCGGACUUUGUGCAUUGGCAACAUUCGACCGUUCGGAACUGAAAAGCAGAGUUUUCGACAAUGCCGACUUUAAGCAAUUUCUCGAACUCGAACCGCAAGUGCGAGAGUUGCUAUCAAAUUUUUACCACUCCAAGUAUUCGCUGUGUCUGGAUAUAUUGGAAAAGAUGAAAAAUGACCUAUAUCUCGACAUAUGGCUGCAUGGGCAUGUCGACAUGAUAUAUCAAAGUAUUCGCAAGAAGGCCCUUGUGCAGUAUUUCUAUCCAUUCUUAUCCGUCGACCUGAACCUGAUGGCACAAGCCUUCAGCACAACGGUUCCGGAGCUGGAACAGGAACUAGCCACCUUGAUAACGAGCAAAGAAAUUCAAGCUCGUAUAGAUAGCCAUAAUAAGAUCCUACGGAUCAAAUCCGCAGACCAGCGAACCAAUAUAUUCGAAAAGUCACUUGCAAUGGGAUCGGAUUAUCAGACUCAAGUAAAACAUAUGCUAUUGCGAAUGAAGCUUGUACGCGCCGAUAUGAUUGUGAGACCUCCCGAACGUGAUCGACAUGACUCAUCCUAA